CUCAAGAGAUUUAUGGUAAGACUGAUUUAUUUGGUUAAGAAAUACUUUUCUUGAAUCUAUUUUUUUUUUUAAAAAAUGAUAACAUCCAGUAUCAUCGUAACACACACAUUGAAAUUUGAGAACUACAACAGAUGAACAUCUGACAGGUGCAAUUAGCGAGACAGAAAGCAGGAGUUAAAUGAAAACCAUCAAUUAAACACUUGUGCAUUCAGACUUCUUAAUUCUUUGACUUGUUAGAAAGGCUGAGGACAACAUGAGAGCCAUUUAUACCUUAACAAUGAAGAGUUUUAUUUCAGUGACAAACUGCUUCCUACAAAACCAAGCCCACAGGACAUGAACACGGUCUCGGCCACACCUUGGCAUUACUGGUUUGCAUUAUUUCCCUCUCUUUCUUCGGAAACCUAUUCAACAUGGAACCAAACAAUAGCAACUCUGGCAGGAAUCCUCCUAAAUACACAAUGAAAAAAUAUUUCUGCCUCGGCAAGUGAUAACACAGGUGUCACACUUCUUUUCACAGCAACCGAACGGCAGGAGUUAGCUUUGUUAAAGCCCACAGGGCUUCAUAAUGGCUUUAGUAUUUAGAACUGCAGCACAGUUUGCUGGAAUUUCACUAUCUUUGCUGGGAUGGAUUUUAUCCUGUCUUACAAACUACCUGCCACUCUGGAAGAACCUCAACCUGGACUUAAACGAGAUGGAACACUGGACCCUGGGACUCUGGCAGACUUGUGUCGUCCAGGAGGAAGUGGGCACUCAGUGCAAGGGCUUCGACUCUUUCCUGGCUUUGCCUGCUGAACUCCGGAUCGCCAGGAUUUUCAUGUUUCUGUGCAACGGGCUGGGGUUCCUGGGCCUGCUGGUCUCGGGGUCUGGCCUGGACUGCUUGAGAAUCGGAGAGAGACAGCAAGAGCUCAAGAAGCGCCUGCUCGUCCUGGGGGGAAUCCUGUUCUGGACGUCAGGCAUCACAGCCCUGGUGCCGGUCUCGUGGGUGGCCCACGUGACGGUCCAGGAGUUCUGGGACGAGACCCUUCCAGAGAUUGUGCCCCGGUGGGAGUUUGGGGAGGCCCUGUUCCUGGGCUGGGGUGCUGGCUUCUCCCUCCUCGUGGGAGGGUGUCUGCUUCACUGUGCAGCCUGCCCCGCCCGGGCUCCGCUUGCGGCCGGCCACUACGCGGCGGCAGACGUGGAAGCUCUUCAUCAACGACUGCCCAUGAAAAACUCCAACCUCAAAGUCUAGGCCAGAAGGCAUCAGCGCUCUCCAGGCUUCAGGAGAUGGCUCAGCUCUGGAUUUGGUAGGACUUCCUGCUACACAGCCACCAUUCACUAUGCUCCUGCUUUUCCAAAAUGCAAUCCCCCCCUCUCCCCCUGGGGAUUUACCUUCUUAAACUAGAAUUUCUUUCUAAGACUGGUAAAGCACUUUUAUCUUCUUGUCAAAGAAGAAAACCAA